CGAUUCUUUUUGCCUACUCGGAAAUUACGAUACGAAACGUUGACCCUUCUGAACAAAUGCUGAGUCAGGCGGGGCCCUACUAUUCGAUUCAUAUCGCGUGAUUUCUGUAUUAAUGUAGAAGAAGCGAAAAGAAAUUCGACAUUGCGAACGGACGGAGAUUAGGUCGAUCCGCUCAUACUUACAUUUCUAGCACGCUGUGGUUUUCUGUCAAAUUGCUAAAGAUAACAACACAUGGAGAAUGGGUCCCGAGCCACAUGGUAGGAAAAUACGAUGCGUACUUUGUAAAAAUUCCAAGGAAAAUCUGACAACUGGACCAUUAUCGACGAAAGAUUCUGUCACCGCUCAUCAGAACUGCUUGCUUUAUUCAUCUGGGGUUAUUUGUCAGAACUCGCCAGAGUUUGACGACUUGUUUGGUUUCACUGUAAAAGAUGUCCAGAAUGAGAUGAGGAGGGGAAACAGACUGAUUUGCUACCGGUGUAAGAGGAAGGGUGCCACGGUGGGGUGUGAGGUGAAACGCUGUCAGAAGUCCUACCAUUACCCCUGUGCUGUGGAAGACGGGGCCCACAAUGUCGAAGACCGUAUUGAAGGGAAGUAUACGGUGUACUGUCAGAAGCAUAAUCCAGAGUUAGGAGCAUCCAAUGGUACAUCUUUGUCCUGCAACGGUGAUUCAGACACAGAGAAGAACAACGAUGGAGAAACGUCAUCCAAGAGCCUGGAAUGGCUCUGUUGCAGGUUGUAUUGUGAAAGGCAUAAACCUUUCUGUCGUUGCAGAAAGAGCAUCAGAUACAUUUGUAAAUGUAUGUUUUGGAUAUGUUGUAAUUUUAAAGGACAUGCUUUGUCAGGACCCUCAUCUUGCAAGAGUGACUACAACACACCUGAAAACCAAUGGCAGACACAAACACCCAAGAGACGCUUGAACUUCUCUAGCAAACGGGAAGUGACAUCAUCAAGAAAGUCCAAACACAGGAGGAUAAUGGAUAACUCCUCAGACUCAGAUGGAGAUGUGAAUAGGAUUGAUAUGAAGUUUUCCCCUCUGGAGUCCAAUCUAGAAGACCUUGUCAACUCUGAACACAGUAAUCAUGCUGAGACCCCCAUAGCUUCCACCACAGGAAAUCAGCCAGCACCUGAAGAUGGGGACUGUACAUUAAUCGACUCCGAUGCUGGGUCCCAGAGUCUUUUGCUGCCAGUGAUGCUGUGUGUUGCAUCUGAAGAACCCUCUCAGACCACAGUGUGCAGUUCUGAGUCUUGUCAAGGUUCUGUUCCGCACUCACCUGGUUCACCACACGGCAGCUCUCACUCACCUGGACCUGCUAUUGAUCCCAUCUUGCCUGUCCACUCACCUGACUGCUCAUCCGUCCACUCUGGUCCACUCAAUUUGGCCAGCACAGCUAUUGUGUGUUAUGGCCCAUUGUCCUCUCCUCCAUCUCCCUCUACACACGCUGUCUCCCAGUGUCCCCUUGCAAGGCCUGGAGGCCCGGGUUCACCUGGUGGUUCUGGCUCCGGCAAUGCAGCCAGCAGGGUGUUCUGGAGGAGGUGUACCGAAGCAGGCUGUACAGAGUCCAUCUUCACCACCUUCAUCUCUGACAUGGUCGGCAUCUCCAAGAGGAUCCUGUCAGAUCAGGCCAGUCAGGAGGAUUAUGAUCUCUCUCUGAGAGUGAUUGAGGCCUCUGGAAAAUUAUCACAGAUGCUUUCACAGCAGGAGAGAGAGUUUAAGAAGAAGCAAAGGGAGCUACAGAGCGCUACGGCAGCCAUAAGAGAAGCCAGGUCAGCCCUGAAAAGAUGAGCGGCACUGCCAGAAAUUACAGCCUUCAAAGUUCAAUUCACCUUUCCUCAUUUAUAUUUAUCAUUUGAUUUCUCAAUGUUUUUUGAAAAAACUUGUUCCGCUUUCUUAUCAUAAUACCAAACACAUAACCUAAUCUUAUAUUACUACCGUGUUUUAUAUCUAGUAGAAGCAAUUGUCAAACAAGAAGAGGCUGGCUUUUUCACUUGCCAGAAAAGGGACUUUAUAGCUUCACCAAUGUAAAAAAAAAAAAAAAAAAAAAUGUACAGUACCAGUCAAGUUUGGACACGCCUACUCAUUCAAGGGUUUUUCUUUAUUUGUAUUAUUUAUUUAUUUAUUGUAGAAUAAUAGUGAAGACAUCAACUAGGAAAUAACGUAUGGAAUCAUGUCGUAACCAAAAGAGUGUUAAACAAAUCAAAAUGUAUAUUUUAGAUUCUUCAAAGUAGCCACCCUUUGCCUUGACAGCUUUGCACACUCUUGGCAUUCUCUCAACCAGCUUCACCUGGAAUUCUUUUCCAACAGUCUUGAAGGAGUUCACACAUGCUGAGCACUUGUUGGCUGCUUUUCCUUCACGCUCCGUUUCAACUCAUCCCAAACCAUCUCAAUUGGAUUGAGGUCAGGUGAUUGUGGAGGCCAAGUCAUCUGUUGCAGCACUCCAUCACUCUCCUUCUUGGUCAAACAGCCUGAAGGUGUGUUGGGUCAUUGUCCUGUUGGAAAAACAAAUGAAAGUCCCACUAAGCGCAAACUAGAUGGGAUGGCGUAUCGUUGAAGAAUGCUGUGGUGGCCAUGCUGGUUAAGUUGCCUUGAAUUCUAAAUAAAUCACUGACAGUGUCACCAGCAAAGCACCAUCACAUUCUUCACAGUGGGAACCACACAUGCGGAGAUCAUCCGUUCACCUACUCUGCGUAUUACAAAGACGAUAGCUGUUGGAACCAAAAAAUCUCACAUUUGGACUAAUCAGAGCCAAAGGACAAAUUUCCACUGGUCUAAUGUCCAUUGCUCGUGUUUCUUGGCCCAAGCAAGUCUCUUCUUAUUAUUGGUGUCCUUUAGUACUGGUUUCUUUGCAGCAAUUCAACCACGAAGGCCUGAUUUUACACUGUCUCCUCUGAACAGUUGAUGUUGAGAUGUCUGUUACUUGAACUCUGUGAAGCAUUUAUUUGGGCUACAAUCUGAGGUGCAAUUAACUCUAAGGAACUUAUCCUCUACAGCAGAGGUAACACUGGGGUUUCCUUUUCUGUGGCGGUCCACAUGAGAGCCAGCUUCACCAUAGCUCUUGAUGAUUUUUGUGACUGCACUUGAAGAAACUUUGAAAGUUCUUAAUGUUCUGCAAUGAGGGACUGUUGUUUCUCUUAGAUGAUUUGGGCUGUACUUGCCAUAAUAUGGACUUGGUCUUUUACCAAAUAGGGUUAUCUUCUGUAUACCACCCCUACCAUGUCACAACACAGUUUAUUGUCUCAAAUGCAUUAAGGAAAGAAAUUCCACAAAUGACCUUUUAACAACCACACCUGUUAAUUGAAAUGUAUUCCAGGUGACUAUCUCAUGCAGCUGGUUGAGAGAAUGCAAGGUGUGUGCAAAGCUGUCAUCAACUUAAAGGGUGGCUUACUUUGAAUAAUCUCAAAUAUAUUUUGAUUUUAACACUUUUUUGGUUACUACAUGAUUCCAUGUUAUUUCAUAGUUUUGAUAUCUUCACUAUUUUUCUACAAUGUUUGGAAAUAGUCAAAAUAAAGAACCUUGGAAUGAGUAGGUGUCUUGACUGGUACUUAAUAAAAAAUAUAUUUUCCCCUAACCCUACCACCUCUCUCCUAAUUGGAGUAAAGUAAUGAACAAUAACACUUAGGCUUCUACUUCCAGUUUAUACAUACUAUAUACAUUUUACAGACAAUCUAUUUUAUAAUAGUUAUCUUUUUUUGUUUUUAAGCUACCACCAACCCCUCCCAUCUAUCUCAGAUGCACAUCCAGUUUGAUUUAUAUUUUGCCAUAUAUUUUUAACUGCUAUUUUACAUUAGUUAUCUUGUUUUUAAUCCCACCCUUCAACUCCACUCAACCCCUCCCAUCUAUCUCUUAACACCAUCCAUGUUUGAUUUCUAUUUGCCAUUUUACAUUGUUUAAUUGUGCUGUGAUGCUUCACAAAAGUUCUGAACCUUUCUAUUCUCAUAGUUUCUACAGAUUGUAAAUUAUUCAAUAGUUUUGGCAAAAAUGUUUGACUUUUCAAAUCACCCAGUAGUGCUAUAUAUAUAUAUAUAUAAUUCUAUUUGUUGCAAGAAUUUUGUGUAAUUCAAAGUUUUGAAUCCGGCGUUGUUUUGCGUAUUGGUUCAUAAACCAUGUCAUGGAAUCAGUACAUAAAAAAUGUCUUCCCAAAUAUUUUGCAAUCGAUACGGCACAGCGGUCAAUUUUUUGGUCCUUAAUUAAAUGAAACUGGUGUAUAUAUAUAUAUAUAAUAUAUAUAUAUUUUUUUUUUAAUCACAAGUUUCUUUAACCAAUUUUGGUCUAAUGCAUGGCCAGCAGACAAGCUCCUUACUGUUCUAUGGUCUGGGGAAAUGCAUCAGCAAGUGACAUUAGGAGGCUACAGAUUGCACAGAACAAAGCAGCAAGGAUUGUUUUAAGGUGGAAAUAUGGUUCUUCUGUUGUAGUCAUGCUGCCAUGCAAUAACGAAAUUGAAUAAUUUAUCUGAGCAAACCAAUGUAUAUAUUUCAAUAUAUACAUUGACACAAUACAUAGGAAAAUUGUGCUGGACUAUGGUAGAUAAUUGAUUCUUCAUCUUUUUAGACUGUUAAGAGUAUUUCUGGUCAAUAUGUUAGUGUAUUAUGUCUAACAGUAUUAUAUGUGAAAUAAUUUUAAAAUAACUGAAAGUGAGAGGUUGUAAUCUGAAUAAAGGGGAAAAGGCUAUUCUUGAACAAGGGGUGAGACAUUCUUAAUAAUCUGCUAGAGAACCAGUUCGGAAUAUAAUAACUUUUGUAUGACAGACCUUUAGUGAGAGGUCUAACGCUUUAAUAAUUUCUGCCCUCCAAAUUCAUUAAAUAGGCCCUUUUCAUUUGGUCUGGCUUGCCGUUCGAAAUAAUGUUGAAUAUUUUUGCUCAUGUCAUUUAUAAAAAGUGUAGGCAAAACCAUAAGCAAAUAUGUAAAUUGUAUUAUGACUAGAGUUAAUCAGGGUGAUUUUUCCAACUUUCUAUUAAAAUUGGAGUGAGUUAA